CUGUGUGUGUGAUUGUGUGGUAGCUGCUCAGCCAUGACUGAGAUGAAACACCUUACAGAGUGGCCCUGGAAAGGUUCCAUAGGGCAGCUAAUGAUCCCACAGAAGUGAGAGCUGGUGUCCAGGGAUUUGCAAGACUGAGAAGGUACAAGUUAAGGAAUGCAGAAUAUUAUGAGAGUGCGCGAGACUGAUCAAACUACGAGGAGGAGGGAGGAAGGACCAAUCAGAGAGCAGCAGAGUCAAGAACGGGCCAAUCAGAGAGCAGCGGGAGCAGUUCUCAGCUGAGCCAAGAUUCAAAACAACACGGGGGGCGAAACAUUGCGGUCAUGGCACAGGUAGAAGAGAUAACCACUGAUUUACUCGACAAGAAGUAUUUAUUCAGUGGUUUCGUGCUGGGGAAGGCAGAAUGGGACUCUGCCACAUUGAUUAAAGUGUACCAGCGUCUCCUGAGUGUGCACAGUGACGGGUUUGACUACGAGGAGGUGGCACCGCAGGCCGCCCACCACCUGUCUCACAUUUGCAAAUGCCUCAGAUUGUUGGGUAUUGGUCACCUGGCACCCAAGUCACAGGAUCUGGUGGACAAGUCUCGGGCGCUUCGGAUUAUUUCAGCUCUUGAUGACAAGAUCUCGGCAAAGUACAAGCCCCACAUUGCUGCUCGCAGGAUCAGAGUUAUCAUAAAAAAAGAGCAGAAGAGUAAGAGCCACAAACCAAAGCCACGGCCACCUACUGGUACUGUUCAGGAAGACUCCCAAGAGUCAAGCCAAGAGAAUGUGUUCCCUGUUGUCCCUUUGCCCAAAGCCUGUGCGCCCCAGCACAGCUGUGUACCAGAGAAGACCAAACCUAAGGCAGUACAAAUCAAGAAGAGUCAGCCCAAGGCUAGUGUUCCUGAAGCUGCACAGCCUCCUACGGUGACUCCUGAAUCACCGAGGGACUUCAUUCCAUCAGGGCGGCAGCUACAAAGGACGCCAGUAGCCACCACUGCUAUGCAGUCUGACAAUCUUCCCACUGGUUCACAAUUUGAAAAUGAUGUGCACUACAAGCCAGAGCCAUCUAAUACUUCUGAAACAGAUCAUGAUGUAUGUUGCAAGAAUAGUGUCACUAUGACUCCUGUUUCUUCUCAGCUUGCUCAUACAUCUCACAGGGCUGACAAUACCUAUCCAUGCUGUACUCCUGAACCAGUUGGUGAUGGUGUUCAGUCUGUGUUGAAGGAAUGUGUACUGUCUCACUGCUCUAGUGAGGCUUGUAUACCACCUGUGCCUUUCAGCCAAGAUAUUUCUCCACAAAGUGAUCGUGGUGUGGAUGUUGAGGCUGAGGUGUUAGCUGAGGAAAAACCAAACAUAAUUCCAACUGGUCACCAAAUUCCAAGGACUCCCAAAAUACCAGAUAAAAUGUUAAAGUUGUAUCUGGAAGAGGACACGUGCUCUUCUAAUAAGGAAAUGACUGGAACUUUAGAAGCACAGAAUACAGUAUCACCACUAGAUCUCCCAGAGAGGUGCAAAGAAAGCGAUUGCACACAAGGAGAAGAGAAUAGGAGUGUUGAACAGGAAACAUUCCAUAUGGCAAGUAGUGAGCCUUCAUCACCUGUUCACUCUCCACUUGAACCAAUUAGAAUGCUCCACAUUACAAGUCCUACUAAGAGUUCUGCUGAUUCUCCAUUGCCAGUUGAUGGAGGGUUGCCAGAACAUUAUGUGCUGUCCCCUCCCUCAGGAUAUAAGAAUAACAAGACUUUUUCAAAGACUUAUUCGGAAUCAUUGGAAGGAAAAUGCUUAGCUGUCCAGUCUGAAUUUUCAACAUUAAAGUCACCACCAAUAAAUCAUUCCCUAGAAGAUGGCUGUUUGCAGACCAACAUGACACAAGUUAAAGUUUCUUAUAGCAAAAUGUUGACAACUGCCAUUCAUGAUUAUGAAAGUCCACCCUCGUCUGGUAGCAGUUGUGGAAACUUGACAGUUCAAGACAGUUUUAGUGAAAGCCCAGUGUCUGUAGUAAGAAAUGAUAACUCAUCAUCUUCAGUCUUAGCCUCUGUAGUAAUUAAUGAAAGUUCAUCUUCUGAAGCCACUCUUUCUGCUGAAAGUCCAGCUUCUGCCAUAAGUAAUAAUGAAGGAACCUUUGUCUGUAAUACUGAAGGCACUUAUGUCUUAGGUGAUGAAGGAACUUUUGUCUGUAAUACUGAAGCUACUUAUGUCUUAGGUAAUGAAGGAACAUUUGUCUGCAAUUCUGAAGGCACUUACAUGUCAGAUACUGAAGGAACUUUCAGCUGCAAGUCUGAAGGCACUCACAUGUCAGAUACUGAAGGAACUUUCAGCUGCAAGUCUGAAGGCACUCACAUGUCAGAUACUGAAGGAACUUUCAGCUGCAAGUCUGAAGGCACUUAUGACUUGGAUAAUGAAGGAACAUUUAUCUACAGUUCUGAAGGCACUUAUGUCUGCAGUAAUGAAAAAACACGUAUCACUAACAAUGAAAGAACUUAUGUCUGUAACAAUAAAAGUAUGUGCGAUGAACCUAAUAAUUUAGAGAAACUGAUGAAAAAUAUCAGUAUUGAGAAUCAAGACUAUUCAGAUAGUAUGUUGAAGCAUGGUGCUGAGGAUGAUCGGAAGCAUUUGAUUGCUAAUGAAAAAGAUGUAUCAGUGUUGUGUGAAAAUCUUGAACUAAAUUGUUCACUCAAGGAAAAUGCCUCCCCAGGAGGGUGGGACAGUGAGGUGAACCACACAGAACAAGCCACACCACUUGUUCAGAAUGUUACUUAUAUUAUGUCAGCUAAGAAGCUGCCUGGCAAAACUAAUCACAAUGAAAUUAAAGUAGAAUCAUGGAAAGAUGUAGAUGAUUCUCCCAUUAUUCCAAAGGAAUAUUUAAGCAAGAACAUCAGUUCAGAGAGAAACAUUGCUGAUAUCAAAGAAAUUAUUAAGGAUAAAACAAUAUUUAAUGCUACCUCUUCAGUGGAGAGUGAUACAUUUAUUCAUCAAAUGCAAAAUGAAAAAUUGUAUAUGAGGAAUGAUGAUGACUCUUUUGAAAUUUUUCCACACAAGCAUAAGGCACCUAGAGGGAAUAGCAAAGGUUUGGGUAUCUUUGCCCACAUUACUGAGAAACCACCAGAAACAGGUAAUCAUAGUGAUGCUAAUAAGACUACUGAUGAUCUUGAAUGCUCUGUAAUAAAGGAACCUAAAGUUUUUGGAAAGUUUUUGGAAGAGGAAAAUUGUAAACUAGAUCCACUGGGAGAAACAGAAACUGGGACAGAAAAUGUUGUAAGUGUGCAUUUUGAGAAAAGUACGAAAAUGGUCUUGAAGGAAAGUAAUAAGCAAAGUAAAAAAGGAAGGCGUAAGAUCACUGGCAAGGAAGCAGACACAGGAGACGAAGGAGAGGCCACAAGUAGACAAAGGAAAGGAAAAAGUCAAAUGAAAACCCAUGAUGUAACUUAUGUACAUGAGCAGAAAGAAACAGACAUGGAGUGUGUGAAGGAGACGGCUCGUGGAAGGAGAUGCAAACAAAUGAAGAACUAUGAUGAAAACUUGUCUCCUAGCUGUGUGCUCGACUCAGAUGAUAGCUGGACUUUUAUUGAAAAGAAAGAGAAAAGAGCAAAGAGUUAUGCAAAGAAGAAUAAAGAAAACCAGAGUAGCAGACCUGGUAAGGAAAAGAAAAGCAAUAAUGCUGUCAAUAAGGGGAAUACUGAAGAAGAAAUUAAAAGGAAGACAAAAGAUGAAGCUAGUGUUAAUGAAAAUAUAGUAAAAUAUACAGGUCAAUACAAAAUGGAUGUGGAUGAAUCUAGUCCAGAAAAAGAUAUGAAAUCUGACGGUCAUCAGAAGAAAACUGAAGUUGGAAUCCCAGAAAAUGAUGCCCCUGUAAAAUCUAAGGGUAGAAGCAAGAAAACUGAAGAAGUCCCUGAUGAGGAAGCCCCUGUGAAACCUAAAGGUAGAAGCAAGAAAAUUGAAGAAUUCCCUGAUGAUGAAACCCCUGUGAAACCAAAGGGUAGGAACAAGAAAACUGAAGAAGUCCCUGAUAAUGAAGCCCCUGUGAAAUCUAAGGGUAAAAGUAAGAAAACUGAAAAAGUUCCCGAGGAGGAAACCCUUGUGAGACCAAAGGGUAAAAGUAAAAAAACUGAAGAAGUCCCUGAAAAUGAAACCCAUGUGAAACGUAAGGCUGAAAGCAAGAAAACUGGAGAAGUCCCUGAUGAAGAAGCCCCUGUGAGACCUAAGGGUAGAAGCAAGAAAACUGAAGAAGUUCCUGAUGAAGAAGCCCCUGUGAGACCUAAGGGUAGAAGGAAGAAAACUGAAGAAGUCCCUGAUGAAGAAGCCCCUGUGAGACCUAAGGGUAGAAGCAAGAAAACUGAAGAAUUCCCUGAUAAUGAAGUCCCUGUGAGACCUAAGGGUAGAAGCAAGAAAACUGAAGAAUUCCCUGAUAAUGAAGCCCCUGUGAGACCUAAGGGUAGAAGCAAGAAAACUGAAGUCCCUGAUGAAGAAGCCCCUGUGAGACCUAAGGGUAGAAGGAAGAAAACUGAAGAAGUCCCUGAUGAAGAAGCCCCUGUGAGACCUAAGGGUAGAAGCAAGAAAAGUGAAGAAGUCCCUGAUGAGGAAGCCCCUGUGAGACCUAAGAGUAGAAGCAAGAAAACUGAAGAAUUCCCUGAUAAUGAAGCCCCUGUGAGACCUAAGAGUAGAAGCAAGAAAACUGAAGAAGUCCCUGAUAAUGAAGCCCCUGUGAGACCUAAGGGUAGAAGCAAGAAAACUGAGGAAGUCCCUGAUGAUGAAGUCCUUGUGAAGCCUAAGGGUAGAAGCAAGAAAAUUGAAGUCCCUGAAAAUGAAACCCAUGUGAAAUGUAAGGCUGAAAGCAAGGAAACUGAAGAAGUCCCUGAAAAUAAAGCUCUUGUAAAACCAAAGGGUAAAAGAAAGAAAACUGAAGAAGCCCCUGAUAUUGAAGUUCCUGUGAAACCUAAGGGCAGGAGCAAGAAAAGUGAAGAGGUCCCUGAUAUUGAAGUCCCUGUGAAACCUAAGGGUAGGAGCAAGAAAAGUGAAGAAGUCCCUGAUGUUGAAAUCCCUGUGAAACCUAAGGGCAGGAGCAAGAAAAGUGAAGAAGUCCCUGAUGUUGAAAUCCCUGUGAAACCUAAGGGCAGGAGCAAGAAAACUGAAGUCCAUGAUGAGGAAGUCCCUGUGAGAGCAAAAGGCAGAAACAAGAAAACUGAAGAAGUCCUUGAUAAUGAAAACCCUGUGAAACCAAAGGGUAGAAGGAAGAAAACUGAAGAGAUCCCUGAUGAUGAAGCCCCUGUGAAAGUUAAGGGUCGACAGAAGAAAUCAAAGGAAGCCCCAUUGACUGAAGACCAAACUUUUGACAAUGAAAUGGAAAUAAAGUUUAGAGACGAUGAAGAAAAGGUUGAUAUAAAUGAAGCCACUGAUAAUGAAACUGUCAAGAAAAGCAAGAAAGUCCAAGGUACAAGCAAAAAAGACGCUGAUGGGCAACCUUGCACUGGAGUUACAUGGGGGAGAAGAAUGUGUAAAGUGAAAGCAAGUGCAGCAAUAUCAGAACUCCUUAAUGAUUCUUGGUCUUAAAUUUUAAUGGGGCAAUGGUUUUACUACUUUGUAAAGCUUAUUAUUAUCACUUAACAGUACUUGCCUUAAUAUUUAUCUGAAAGCUGGUGUUUAAAUGGAAGUUCUAUUUACACAUUAUGAAAAUCUAGUGUAUAGAUACUUGGAAUAGAUUUUCUUGGUUGCAGUUAAUCUAAGUUUGAACAAUACUCAUAGUUAUUGCAUAAUAUUCUUGUAAUAUCAUCAUACAAAUAAAGUAAAUACAUAAGUAAUUGUUGAUUACUUAAGAAAUAUUGUAGUACAUUGAUACCAAAAUGCCUACAUACCGUAGUGUGCCAAAUGCAAUGUACUGCAAGAUCAUUGUGCCAGUAUUGAUAUGCAAGCCUGUAAUUAAUGAUAACAUUAGCAGUGUAAUGAAGGAACUUAUGUGACUGAUAGCUUUAAAAAGUUCUUGUUAGAGUGCUUACCUCAUAUCCAAGAGCUCCAGCCCUUAUUUCAAUCUUGGUAGUGUAAAUUGAAAUUUUGACCUUGUAUUUCAGCUGAGGUAGAAAUAAACAAACUUGUCUUUCUAUGCUUGUUGAUAUAUGCUUGACUUUUGGCUGAGUGAAGCACACUGAUUUAUACACUAGUUUGUGCACAGGAACGCAAACUUGAAUUGUAAAUAAUAGCGGAUUAUAUUUUUACAAGGUUAUAAUUUAUAUUUAAAAUUAACAAUGCUAGCUUUUCCUGUGUGUGUGCGUGUGUGUGUGUGUGUGUGUGUGUGUAUCAGUAAUUUGUAAAUAAAUCUUAUAAAUCUCAUUUGAUUUUAUGGUUGUAUUUUUUUUAAAUUUUUUGUGGGAGUAUUUUAAUUUCUGAGGCACUAUGAUAAUAUAUUCUAUUCUGGCUUUUGUACAUCACUAAAUAUGUCAAAAAGAAGCUAAGUGUGAAAUAUAGUUAUAAAUAUAUAUGCCUGUAUUUA